UUUUCCGCCAAACGAAACCAUAGAGAGAGCAAGGAGAAAAGCGAUCCAGACAAUUCCUUAAGCAGGCUGCAGGGUGCUGCCAGGUUCAGGGGUGUGGAUUGGAGGAGAAGAAAAAGGUUAGCUGAAUAGAUGGAAGAAGAAAGAAGAGUCCACCCAGAUUGUAUUAAUGCAUCCAAUCCUUACCAUGAAUGUGUUGAAUAUUGCUUUAGAAAGAUAGCUGAAGCCAAGGCGUGUAAGGAAAAAGAUGGAACAGAAAUUACACAAUCUAAGAGUGGAAGUGGCCAACCUGCUGUGGAUGCUCCUACACAAGAUCAAGAUGUGCAUGAUGAAGAACCAGGUCCAGAAGAAAAUUCUGAUAGUGACAAAGACCACCCAACUGAGGAGAAUACUGAAGUUGACAUUACAAAACUUACUGGAAGGCAGAAAAGAUUGUUUGAUUUGAGACUUAAGAUGAAUGAGGCAAGAAAAGCAAAUCAAACAGCAAUGGUUGCUGAAAAGAAAAGAAUGGAAGCUCCUCCAGAAUCUAGGGGAAUUUCUAAACAAAAAUGGAUUGACGAGAGGAAGAAAAAGAUAGGAAAACUUCUGGACGCAAACGGUCUGGAUAUGAAGAAGGCAUAUAUGUUAGAUACACAAGAGGCAGCUGAAGCAAAGUAUAAGAAAUGGGAAAAGGAUCCUGCUCCAUUUGGUUGGGAUGUCUUCAACCAGAAAACAUUGUAUAAUGCAUACAAGAAGCGGACAAAAAAUGUUGAGGUUGACCUAGAAGAAUAUAACAGAAUGAAAGAAGCUGAUCCAGAGUUUUAUCGUGAAGCCUCAAGCCUCCAAUAUGGGAAGGCACCAAAGAUUUCUGAAGACAAGAUUGAGAAGAUGGUGAAGGAACUCAAGGACCGGGAUGAAAACCGCAAGUCAUUUAGCAGGAGGAGAAGGUUCCAUGAAGAGAAGGAUAUUGAUUCAAUCAAUGACAGAAAUGAGCACUUUAACAAAAAGAUUGAGAGGGCAUUUGGUAAAUACACACUGGAAAUCAAGAACAAUCUUGAGAGAGGAACAGCAUUACCCGACUGAGGUUCCUACAUGGGUAGUUUAUCACGAUUAUCCAAGCUUUGUAGCGUGCAAUCCUCGAGGCCUCCUUCGGAGAAGCAUAUUCAAGCAAUACCCUGCCGAUUCUCCCAUGGUUGGAUACAAGAACAUACUAAUUUGUUAUCACAGUUGCCUGAACAAGAGUUACAAACAAUGAAUGGCUUGCAAUCAUAACUUUGUAUUGAAGACUAGUACCCGAAAAAAUCAUCAGACCUCUCUGUACCUUAUCUUUGCUUAUUUUCCGGAGAAAUAACGGGGAAGAAAACCCUUUUUCGUUC